AUUCGGAGUGCUUCCAUUCUAAUCAAUAUAAAAUGCUGCCACAAUCUGUUCCACAUUUCCCUAGUCUCGUGGAGUCAGACUACUAAGAUCCCAAUGUUAGCAUCAUGACCACGCCAUCAACAUUGGUUUCGGAUUCGCAUAUUAGAACUCGCUUUCUCAUCUUCUCAGAUACGCAUGGCAUGAAGUUCUCGCCUGAAAACUACCCCCAUCACCCUGUGGACGUUGCCAUUCACUGCGGCGACCUGACAGAAGAGUCUAAAAUCGCCGAAUUUAGAAUAUCUCUCAACCUCCUCAAAAGUCUCAACGCAUCUCUUAAACUUGUUAUCGCCGGGAAUCAUGACUUUACGUUAGAUAUACCAACGUUCAAAAGAAAAGUUGCAGAAGCCGAGCCGUCCUUGGAGCCAGACCUGGUUGCAAAGGAAUACGGUACGUUCGGGGAAGUGAGAGGGUUAUUCAAAGAAGAAGAAGCAAAGAACGCAGGGAUUGUAUUUUUGGAUGAGGGCACUCAUCGAUUUGUUCUCAAAAAUGGCGCCACACUGACUGUUUACGCCAGCCCAUAUACCCCAUCACUUGGAGAUUGGGGAUUUCAAUACCAUCCGGAAAAGGGCCAUACAUUCUCUAUACAAGAUGGGACGGAUAUUGUCAUUACGCAUGGUCCCCCAAAGGGAAUUAUGGAUCUAACACAUUCACGAGAAAGAGCUGGCUGCCCGGACUUGUUCGCAGCCGUAGCUAGAGCCUGUCCAAGGUUACACUGCUUCGGCCACAUUCACGAAGGUUGGGGCGCGAAGUUGGUGACCUGGAGAGAGAAGAUAAGUGAAAUCCCUUCCCAUUUUGCAGACAUAGACAAUGAUAAGUCUGUUGUCAUUGAAACCUUGAGGGGAUUCCGGUAUUCCAAGGUCGACGAGGACAAAACUGAAGCAGCCUCAGAGAAACAAAACAAGACUCGACUAUGCACCGAGGGAAUAUGUCGCUACACAAGUCAUUGUAUCGGAGACCAUAAUCAACUCUUGGGAGGAAGCCAGACUCUAUUCGUCAAUGCGGCAACCCAAGGUGACGAGGAGUACCCGGUUCAGCUUCCAUGGCUGGUAAACAUUGAACUUCCAAAGGCGACUAUUGACGAUUACGACAGAGACUUGGCUCGUAGCGUAACGGUAAGCUCAAUGGGCAAAAUUACAAAGGAGUCUACAUAGUAAUAUGUGAC